UGAAAAAGCAGUAUGCAAUUUAACUGAUCUAGUGUCUUACAAAAUAAACACUAGGCGUCAAGGCGACUUUUCAUAUCAACCAUGCAUUGAGUCCACUUGCAGAAACUUUCAUGCAAGGAAGAUCAAUCCUUUCACCUAGAAUCCAGCGACAAGCACUGCGUUUGACUUGACUUGAACAGUAAAAUAUGAUAAACUGAACUUGGAUAAAGCUCCCAAGUCCCAACCCCGAGGAGGCAGAGACCACUUCCUAGCUGGCAUAGCACGUACAGCACACAGCUUUCUGCGGCCUAUGGAAGUCAGUGGUAGGCUUAUAGUGUUUUCCUCACGUUGCCAACUUCCAAUUAUAAUUGAGAACACGCUGACAAACGGUUGGUAACUCGUGCCAAAAUCAACAAAUAGCUCCAGAGUUUAAAUAUUUUUGUUAAUUGCUUCGUAUUGACCAAGCUAGCUCCGAGUCGAUGCUUUCUACCUCCGCACAACGAGAGGUUAAUAGGAGGUGACUGAGAAGCAGGAGCAAACGUCCAACAUCCUGUCUGUGAAGAGAGAAAAGAUGAUUUUGAGGCUGAAGCCACCGUCUUCUUCCAUAUGCCUUCUGCUCUUCAUUGUCUUCUUUUCGUGCAGCAAAUCCAAUGCCCAGAAUGCUACCACUGACCCCUCUGAAGUGAGGGCAUUGAACACAAUCUUUCAAAAAUGGGAUACACAAGCUGUGGCAUCAUGGAACAUCAGUGGAGAGCCAUGCAGUGGGCUUGCACUUAGUCUAAGUGAUUCUGUGCUUGAAGAUCGUGAUAAUAACCCAGCUAUCAGAUGUGAUUGUUCUUUCAACAGCAACACUGUCUGCCACAUCACUAGACUGAGGGUAUACGCUCUGGAUAGACGAGGAGUGAUACCAGAGGAGCUUUUGGAUUUUCCUUUUCUGACAUUCUUGAAGAUUGAUCAAAACUUCUUUAGUGGUCCCUUGCCAGCCUUUAUUGGAAACAUGUCUAGACUAGAGUUAUUGUCAAUUGCCCACAAUGAUUUCUCGGGACCCAUUCCAAAGGAGCUUGGAAGUCUUAAGGCGCUAAAUAUGCUGUCUUUUGGUCAUAAUAAUUUCUCAGGAACACUCCCUCCGGAACUUGGUAAUUUAGUCAACCUUCAACAAAUUUACAUUAACAGUUGUGGAUUGGGUGGCGAGAUUCCCUCAACAUUUGCUAACCUUGAAAAACUGGAAACUGUGUGGGCAUCUGACGUUGCUUUCACAGGCAACAUACCCAACUUUAUUGGCAAUAACUGGACAAAGCUUACAACAUUGAGAUUGGAAGGGAACUCUUUUGCAGGACCAAUACCAUCCAGUUUUGCGAACUUGACCUCAUUGACGUCUUUGCGAAUUGGUGGUAUAUACAAUGGAAGCUCUUCUCUUGGUUUUGUAAGAAAUCUAAGGAGCUUGACUGACUUAGUUCUAAGAAAUGUCUUACUCACUGGUAAUUUGCCAUCUUUUAUCACGGAAUUACAAUCUUUACAAAAGCUGGAUUUGAGUUUCAACAACUUAACAGGCCAAAUUCCAAGUGCUUUGUUCAAUAUUAAUUCUCUUGAAAACUUGUUUCUUGGAAAUAAUAGUCUGUCAGGUACCCUUCCCACCCAAAAGAGCGAUACUCUUCAGACUAUAGAUUUAUCACACAAUUUUCUAUCAGGAAACUUGCCAUCAUGGAUAAACUCAAGCUUACAACUGAAUUUGGUGGCCAAUAACUUCACAUCCAACAGCUCAAACAUAAGGCUUUUACAAGGAUUAGAAUGCCUUCAAAGAAGCUUUCCAUGCAAUAGAAACACUCCACGAUAUGCAAACUUCUCGAUCAAGUGCGGUGGCCCACAGAUGAUAUCUAAUGGGAUAGUGUUUGAGGCUGAGAACAGUACUACUUUUGGUGCAGCAUCUUUUAAUGUAACCAGUACACAGAAAUGGGCAGUUAGCAAUGCUGGCUUGUUUGCAGACAGGCAAAAUCAAAAGUAUGUGGAAAACACCUUUGCACAAGUGAGAAAUACAGGCACUCCGGAGCUGUAUCAGACUUCAAGGCUAUCCCCUGGAUCACUCAGAUACUAUGGCCUAGGCCUUCAGAAUGGGCUUUAUACUGUAAACUUGUUCUUUGCAGAAACAGGUUUCCCAGACCGAAGCACGCAGACUUGGAAGAGUCUAGCAAGGCGUGUUUUCGAUGUUUAUGUUCAGGGAACCCGGCAAUUAAGGGAUUUUGAUAUAUCAAAGGAGGCAGGUGGGGUUCAGAGAGCAAUAACUAAGAAUUUCACUGCUAAUGUAACGGAGAACCAUCUUGAAAUUCACCUGUUUUGGGCUGGUAAGGGAACCUGCUGUGAACCAGAACAAGGUUAUUAUGGUCCAUCCAUUUCAGCUAUUAGUGUUGUUCCAAAUUUCAAACCAAAUGUCAGUGGGAUACCUCCAGGCACUCCUAAAAAGAAAAACCAGACAGCAUUGAUUGUUGGUAUUGCAGUUCCUGUUGCAGUCGUGGCUUUGAUACUUAUAUUUGCAAUUAUUUAUGUUAAGAGAAGAAAAGAAGAUGAUGAUGAGGAAGUAUUUCUUGGUAUUGGCCCAAGACCAAACACAUUUAGUUAUUCUGAGUUGAAAGCUGCCACAGAAGACUUCAGUCCUUCAAGGAAGUUAGGAGAAGGGGGAUUUGGACCUGUAUACAAGGGAACACUUUCUGAUGGGAGAGUUGUAGCUGUGAAGCAACUUUCAGUAGCAUCACACCAAGGGAAGGAUCAAUUUGCUACUGAGAUAGCUACCAUAUCAGCAGUGCAACAUCGUAAUCUUGUCAAACUAUAUGGGUGCUGCAUCGAAGGAAAUAGGCGCCUUCUUGUUUACGAGUAUCUUGAAAACAAAAGUCUUGAUCAGGCACUCUUUGGAGACAAUUACUUGCAUCUUGAUUGGCCAACUCGCUUCAAUGUCUGCUUGUCAACUGCAAGAGGGCUAGCUUAUCUUCACGAGGAGUCUAGGCCAAGGAUUGUCCAUAGAGAUGUCAAGGCAAGUAAUAUUUUGCUUGAUGCAGAGCUCUGCCCAAAAAUAUCUGAUUUUGGAUUGGCAAAGCUUUAUGAUGACAAGAAAACGCACAUCAGCACUCGGGUUGCUGGAACCAUUGGUUACCUGGCGCCGGAGUAUGCAAUGCGUGGGCAUCUCACUGAGAAGGCUGAUGUUUUUGGCUUUGGUGUUGUUGCUUUGGAGAUUGUCAGUGGUAGACCAAACUCUGACAAUAGCCUAGAAAAUGAUAGGAUUUAUCUUCUUGAAUGGGCAUGGACCCUGCAUGAAAAUAACCAAAGCUUGGGUCUGGUGGAUCCAUCUUUAGUGGAGUUUGAUGAAAAUGAAGCUCUCCGAAUGAUAGGAGUGGCACUUUUAUGCACUCAGGCAUCACCAGCGAUGCGGCCGCCCAUGUCUCGUGUUGUGGCUAUGCUUGCUGGAGAUAUUGAAGUGAGCAGUGUCACGUCAAAACCAAGUUAUUUAACUGAUUGGCAUUUUAAGGAUAUAACAGGCACCUUCAUGAGUGAAGAAACACAAACAUCCAUUGCAUCCGAUAACAGUGACAUCAAGAGCGGUAAGAGCAAGACUAUGUCAGGGACAGAACCAGUGCUCUCUCCAGCAAAUGUUACUGAAUUCGCUGACAUUAUUGGAGAUGGAAGGUAGAAUUGUUUGUUCCAUGCUGCUAAUACACCAUGUCAUUAUGUUACAAGCAGAACUUGGUACCUUUCUUCUAUGCUGUUUUUCCUUCUGCUUACUUUGUAGUCCUUGAAACUGUACUCUCUACACAUAUAUAAGGUGAAUUGUCGCAUGCUAUGCGUUGGCAAUAUUUUGAUUUUCAGACCACAAAGACUUGCGGUUGUUGGAUUAUUGAUGUAUAACCAUAAAUUGUUAGGACAUUGAAUUGAAAAAUGUAAAACUUGGUUUCAAGGUGUGUAUAAAUGGCACUGUCUUUAAGGUUUUAUUCGUCUUCA